AUGAGGAAGCGGGUAGCCAAGAGGACGACAUCUUCACGCACUGCGCAGCUCGAAGAGAAGAUUGAAGACCUGGUCUCAAUGUUGAGAGCUACCCAUGAUUCUGGGCCACGCAUGAACCACUCUUAUACCCCAUUAUCUAACACACCCUCACAGCCUUUUACCAGUCGAUUGGACUCGUUGGCAGCCGCCGCUACAGCGGAUCCAACUCGGUCACAAGCACAGGGAAAGGCCAGUUUGUGCGCGACUCAUGAGUGUAUCACAUCGGGUCUGUCACCUAGCCGGAAUACGUCGAUCCUCAGUGAGGCGGAUAGGCGGCCAGAACCAACCCCAGAGGAAGCCGAGGCUUAUUUUGCCAAGUUUAGACAGUGGCUGGCAGCGAUGCCAUUCAUGCACAUUCCCAUGGAGAUGACGGCUGCAGCACUACGAAGAGAAAAGCCAUUUCUGUGGACGUGUAUUAUGAACUUGACAUCCAUGUCGGUUCCACAACAGCGUAUACUGAGGGAAAAGAUUCGGCGAGAAGUUGCCGAUAGAUUAGUCUUUGAAGGGGAUCGAAGCAUGGAUAUGCUACAAGGCCUGGUUGCCUUUCUAACGUGGGCAACGAUGAAUGCGGGUCCCGGAAUGAAGCCAUUCUUAAUAUUAUAUGCGACUUUGGCACAGUCAAUUGUAUUUGACAUGGGGCUUACCAGAUCCCCUGCUGAAGAGCAACAGUCUACCAUGUAUUUCAAGAUAUGGAGUGCCCGUCCCCCGCCACCGCCCAGAGUGCGAACCAUGGAGGAGCGGAGAGUCGUACUCGGUCUCUGGCUCUCAAUAUCAAUCUCCACGUCAUUCAUCGGGAAAAUGGAGACGCUUGCUUGGACAGCUCAUAUGGACGAUUCCCUAGCAGUCGUGGAACGCGAGAAUGAGUAUUCAUCAGAUGCCGUUCUCGUCACCAUGGUCAAGAUCCAACUUGUUGGAGAAGAAGUCCAAAAGUUGAUGCGCAGAAAAAUAAACGAGAGCAACCAAAAUCCAACGUACAUUUUCAAGCCGGGCUUGGUAUCAAGGUUAAACGAAAUUCGCAGCCAGCUACCAGAUCGCCUGGCCAACAAUCGCCAUAUUCUUCUGCUUCUUCACUGCACAGAAAGCCUCGUCCACUCUAUUGGCUUGUUCACCGAGCAAGGCAUCCCCGAGUCAGUUCGCAUUAACAGCAUGUACUCCUGCACCAAACACGCAAAGACAUUCUACGACAUUUUUUUUGCCAUCCCAGCGUCCGAGGUUGCUGGACUACCGUUUGCGGCGUAUGUGGAAAUGUCCCAUAUUCAGGCUAAUCUCUACAGACUGACCACUGCCGAGGACAAGGCCUGGGACAAGGACAUUCUGAAAAGCACAGCCGACUUACUGGCUCUCCUAGACAAAACAAUUGAGCUGUUUUACAGGGUGGAUGAGGUGUACCCGAUUAGAACAGAUGAUCAUGACGGUACGCUCUUCACCAAGGGAGCCAAGAUUCUGCGAAACUUGCGAAACUCGUGGGAACCAAUCUUGGCGCCGUAUCUCCGCGAGGUGGCGUUGCCUACGCCGCAGAGCCAGGGUCAGGUGGUCAAUACGGCGAUCAACGAUAUGGAUGAAGCAGGUGCGCACGCGGGCUUGAUUGUUGACGGCGUAGCUGACCCGACCGCCGGGCUGGACUUGAGCGAUAUGACCUGGAUGUCGGAUAUAUUUGGGCCAUGGGACUACUAA